GCCGCGAGCGGCCGGCCGAGGCUGGAGAUGGACGGGGAGCGCUCCGGAGCCACAUGGGCCGAGCUGCCGGGGCGGCGGCCCCGGGAGCAGGAUGCGGCCGCCCGUAAUUAAAUAGCAUUUACUCUUAUUAUUACUAAUAAUAAUAACGUAAUCAUACCUCUAGUCAUAGCAUACCAUUUAUCGGGCUCGGCGCAGGCCCGCGGGGAGCGCAGCCCGGCCGAGAGACUGAUGGAGAGGCAGAAACGGAAGGCGGACAUCGAGAAGGGGCUGCAGUUCAUUCAGUCGACACUACCCCUAAAGCAAGAGGAAUAUGAGGCCUUCCUGCUCAAGCUGGUGCAGAAUCUGUUUGCGGAGGGCAAUGACCUGUUCCGGGAGAAGGACUAUAAGCAGGCCCUGGUGCAGUACAUGGAGGGGCUGAACGUGGCUGACUACGCUGCCUCCGACCAGGUGGCCCUGCCCCGGGAGCUGCUGUGCAAGCUGCAUGUCAACAGGGCCGCCUGCUACUUCACCAUGGGCCUGUAUGAGAAGGCACUGGAGGACAGCGAGAAGGCGCUGGGCCUGGACGGCGAGAGCAUCCGGGCUCUGUUCCGCAAAGCGCGCGCCCUCAACGAGCUGGGACGCCACAAGGAGGCCUACGAGUGCAGCAGCCGCUGCUCUCUCGCCCUGCCCCACGAUGAAAGCGUCACUCAGCUUGGUCAGGAGCUGGCUCAGAAGCUUGGGCUGCGAGUGCGGAAGGCAUAUAAGAGGCCCCAGGAAUUGGAAACCUAUUCUCUGCUCAGUAACGGCACCGCGUCUGGCGUGGCAGAUCAGGGAACUUCCAAUGGAUUGGGGUCCAUAGAUGACAUCGAAACAGACUGCUACGUGGACCUGCGAGGCUCCCCAGCCCUCCUCCCCUCCACCCCCUCGAUGCCCCUGUUCCCUCAUGUCCUGGACCUGCUGGCCCCCCUGGACAGCAGCAUCAGAGCCCUCCCCGGCACGGAGAGCCUGGACGACUUCUCGGAUGGGGAUGUCUUUGGUCCAGAGCUGGACACCCUCCUGGACUCGCUGUCUCUGGUCCAGGGUGGCCUGCCCGGCGGCGGCGUGCCUAGUGAGUUGCCCCAGCUGAUACCCGUGUUUCCCGGCGGGACCCCGCUGCUGCCACCCGUGGUGGGCGGCUCCAUCCCCGUCUCCAGCCCACUGCCCCCUGCCUCCUUUGGCCUCGUCAUGGACCCCUCCAAGAAGCUGGCCGCCUCUGUGCUGGACGCCCUCGACCCCCCAGGCCCCACGUUGGACCCCCUGGACUUGCUGCCCUACUCGGAGACCCGACUAGACGCCCUUGAAAACUUCGGGUCAACCCGCAGCUCCCUGGACAAGCCCGACUCCUUUCUGGAAGAGACCAACUCGCAAGACCACCACCCCCCAAGCAGUACUCAGAAACCAGCCCCAUCACCAGAGCCCUCCAUGCCCAACACAGCCUUGCUCAUCAAGAACCCCUUGGCGGCCACCCACGAGUUCAAGCAGGCCUGCCAGCUCUGCUACCCCAAGACAGGCCCCAGGGCCGGUGACUAUGCCUACCGCGAGGGCCUCGAGCACAAGUGCAGGCGGGACCUCCUGCUCGGCCGCCUCCGGAGCUCCGAGGACCAGGCCUGGAAGCGGAUCCGGCCUCGGCCCACCAAGACCAGCUUCGUGGGCUCCUACUACCUGUGCAAAGACAUGAUUACCAAGCAGGACUGUAAGUACGGGGAUAACUGCACCUUCGCCUACCAUCAGGAGGAGAUCGACGUGUGGACGGAGGAGCGGAAGGGCACCCUCAACCGAGACCUGCUCUUCGACCCGCUGGGGGGCGUCAAGCGCGGCAGCCUCACCAUCGCCAAGCUCCUUAAAGAGCACCAGGGCAUCUUCACUUUCCUCUGCGAGAUCUGCUUCGACAGUAAGCCCCGGAUCAUCAGCAAAGGCACCAAGGACUCUCCAUCCGUCUGCUCCAACCUGGCUGCCAAACACAGCUUCUACAACAACAAGUGCCUGGUGCACAUCGUCCGCUCCACCUCCCUCAAGUACUCCAAGAUCCGCCAGUUCCAGGAGCACUUCCAGUUCGACGUGUGCCGCCACGAGGUGCGCUACGGCUGCCUACGCGAGGACAGCUGCCACUUCGCGCACAGCUUCAUCGAGCUCAAGGUCUGGCUGCUGCAGCAGUACUCCGGCAUGACCCAUGAAGACAUCGUUCAGGAAUCCAAGAAGUAUUGGCAGCAGAUGGAGGCCCACUCGGGGAAGGCCAGCAGCAGCUUGGGAACCCCUCGGAGCCACGGGCCCAGCACCUUUGACCUGCAGAUGAAGUUCGUGUGCGGCCAGUGCUGGAGGAACGGGCAGGUGGUGGAGCCUGACAAGGACCUCAAGUACUGCAGUGCCAAGGCCCGGCACUGCUGGACCAAGGAGCGGCGGGUCCUCCUGGUGAUGUCCAAGGCCAAGAGGAAAUGGGUGUCCGUGAGGCCCCUGCCAUCUAUCCGCAACUUCCCACAGCAAUACGACCUCUGCAUCCAUGCGCAGAACGGCCGCAAGUGCCAGUACGUGGGCAACUGCUCUUUCGCACACAGCCCCGAGGAGAGAGACAUGUGGACGUUCAUGAAGGAGAACAAGAUCUUGGACAUGCAGCAGACCUACGACAUGUGGCUGAAGAAACACAACCCAGGGAAGCCGGGGGAAGGGACCCCGAUCAGCUCUCGGGAAGGGGAAAAGCAGAUCCAGAUGCCCACGGACUAUGCUGACAUCAUGAUGGGCUACCACUGCUGGCUCUGCGGCAAGAACAGCAACAGCAAGAAGCAGUGGCAGCAGCACAUCCAGUCGGAGAAGCACAAGGAGAAGGUCUUCACGUCCGACAGCGACGCCAGCGGCUGGGCCUUCCGCUUCCCCAUGGGCGAGUUCCGGCUCUGCGACAGGCUCCAGAAGGGCAAGGCCUGCCCAGACGGGGACAAGUGCCGCUGUGCCCACGGGCAGGAGGAGCUCAGCGAGUGGCUGGACCGGCGCGAGGUCCUGAAGCAGAAGCUGGCCAAGGCCCGCAAGGACAUGCUGCUGUGCCCGCGAGAUGACGACUUCGGCAGGUACAACUUCCUGCUGCGAGAGGACGGGGACACCACCGGUGCCACCCCAGAGGCCCCUGCUGCUGCUGCCUCCUCUGCCGCCGCCGUUGCCACCACCACGGGGGAAUAGGGCCAGGUCUUGGCUGUGGGCAGAGUCCUGGGGUCGGGGUCGGGGUGGGAAGAGAAGGCCUGAUGGAAGGGCUAGGGCAAGCCAGCUGGGGGGUGGGGGACCGACCUCAUCAGGCAGCCCCUGGUCCCCUGGGGCCCAUCCAUCCUCCCUGCCCCCACUGCCCCAUGUGUGCAUACCCAGGUGCACACGCUGCAGCCCCAGGCAGUCCCAGGGUCUGCAUCCUGCUGAAACCUGGGCAGACCCUCCCCCACCCCCAUGGCUCUCCUGGUUGGGGUGGGAGGGGCCUGGCUGACCCCUCCAACUUCAGCUUACAGCUUUAACUUCUGUCUGCUCCUACAGGGGGCCCAAAGCUCAGGGCUGGGGAGCCUGGGGUCCCCACUUGAAUCUGCAGCAGGAGGGGCUUUCUCCUUGGUCCCCCACCCUAUCCACUUGCCCUGGGGGCAGAUCAGGAUACCACAGAGGGCAGGGGACCCUGAUUAGCUUUAAAAUGCAGCCCCAGGAUGGAGCCAGGGACACUUAACUCCCCCCAGGCCCCAGUUUCCCCUCUGGCUAGAAGGGUGGGAGAGGCUGGACUGGUGAUCUCUGGAGCCUGGUUGAGGAGUCUUGAUUCUCUCCUUGAUGCCCCCGCCCUGGCCCUUCUUCCUGUGGGCAGUUGAACAUAGACUGUGGAGCCUUCAGCCUUUGGACGGGUCCCAACCCAAUCUCCACUUUGCAGACACGAACACUGAGGCCCAGGGCAGGAGCUGGUCUGCCCAGGGUCUCCAGCCCACUGCUGGAGGCGGAGCUGGGAUGAAUGGGGGAGAGGCCACAAUGCUCAGGGCCAGUUACUGGCUGGAGCCCUCAAGCCUCUUGGCAGGCAGGGAUGGGGCCGUCUCUGAGUCGGGGGGGGGGGGG